CUGAGUCACACCAGGAAGAGCCAACACCCAAGAGACUUCAACUACGCACUUUUCUCUGAGACACUUUGGACUCUUCAGAUCUGCUCAGUGGCUUCAUGCGUCGCCUCCUCCUGAGGGUCUGAGAUCACAUGAACCUGGACUGAGCAUGGAUCAGAGAGAGACCAGAGAGGACGGAGCCCCUCCCUCUAAAAAAGCUCACAGACCUGCUCCUGGGGCCAGGGCCGUCUCAUUCAAGAGUGAUGACUCUAUGAAACGAUGGAUUGAGUUUAAAAGAAAACAUGGUCCAGAGAUCCACCAGAAACAUCCUCCACCUGAACCUGGUCCCAUCUGUGAGUCCCUCAGGAGUGACCGGUCUAUGGAUCCUCCACCUAAGUUUUCCACAGAACCAGUGGAGCAGCAGGGUCCAGAGGUCUCCAGUGGUCAGCACCAUCAGACACAGCUGGACUCCAUAUUUAAGCUUCUGGAGGAGGACAUCUGCACUUUUGUCCAGAAGGAGCUGAAGAAGCUCCACAAGGUUCUGAGUACAGAUUACCCAGAAUGCUUAGAGCCUGAGGAGGAUGAAGAGCAGAGGAGCAGCAGUGAGGCUGUUCUGAAGAUCACACUGAACUUCCUGAGGAGGAUGAAGCAGAAGGAGCUGGCUGAGCGUCUGAGGAGCAGGAGUUAUUCUGGAGUUUGUCAGCGUAAACUGAAGUCUAACCUGCAGCAGAAGUUUGAGUGUGUGUUUGAGGGCAUCGCUAAAGCAGGAAACCCCACCCUUCUGAAUCAGAUCUACACAGAGCUCUACAUCACAGAGGGAGGGUCUUCAGAGGUCAACCAGGAACAUGAGGUAAGACACAUGGAAACAGCCUCCAGGAAACCAGACCCAGCAGAGACACCCAUCACAUGUGAAGACAUGUUUAAAGGCCCAGCUCACAUACAUGGACCAAUCAGAACAGUGCUGACAAAGGGAGUGGCUGGCAUCGGGAAAACAGUGCUCACUCAGAAGUUCAGUCUGGACUGGGCUGAAGGCAAAGCCAACCAGGACAUACAGCUGCUGUUCCCGUUCACUUUCAGAGCACUCAAUGUGCUGAAGGAGAGAAGCUUCAGCUUGGUGACACUUGUUCAUCACUUCUUUAGUCAAACACAAACAGAACUCUGCACCUUUGAAGACCUCCAGGUGCUCUUCAUCUUUGAUGGUCUGGACGAGUGCAGACUUCCUCUGGACUUCACCAAAACCAAGGCCCUGACCGACCCCACAGAGUCCACCUCACUGCACGUGCUGCUGGUAAACCUCAUCAGGGGGAUCCUGCUUCCCUCCGCUCGCCUCUGGAUAACCACACGACCUGCGGCGGCCAAUCAGAUCCCUCCAUGGUGCAUCUCCAUGGUGACAGAGGUCAGAGGGUUCACCGACCCACAGAAGGAGCAGUACUUUAGGAAGAGGUUCAGAGACGAGGCCGACACAAUCAUCUCCCACAUCAAGACGUCCAGAAGCCUCCACAUCAUGUGCUACAUGCCAAUCUUCUGCUGGAUCGCUGCCACAGUCCUGGAGCAUGUGUUGAAAAGCAGAGAGAGAGAAGAGCUGCCCAAGACCCUGACUCAGAUGUACAUCCACUUCCUGGUGGUUCAGGCCAAAGUCAAGAACAUCAAGUAUGAAGAAGGAUCUGAGACAGACCCACACUGGAGUCCAGAGACCAGGAAGAUGGUGGAGUCUCUGGGAAAACUGGCCUUUGAGCAGCUGCAGAAAGGAAACCUGAUCUUCUACGAGUGUGACCUGAGGGAGUGUGGACUGGACGCUGCAGCGGCCUCAGUGUACUCUGGAGUGUUCACACAGGUCUUUAGAGAGGAGCCAGGCCUGUACCAGGACAAGGUCUACUGCUUCAUCCAUCUGAGUGUGCAGGAGUUUCUGGCUGCUCUUCACGUCUAUCAGAGCUUCUUCAGCUCAGGGGAGAACCUGCUGGAGCCACCACACUCCUCUGAGAGUCCAAAAUCUACCUGUCAUGAGACUGAGUACCAUUCCAAUUCAAAGAAGGAGUUCCCUGUCCCCUCUGAGAGUCCAGACCCUGACUCAGCCUUCUAUUGCUCUGCUGUGGACCAGGCCUUACAGAGUCCAAAUGGACACCUGGACCUGCUCCUCCGCUUCCUCCUGGGACUUUCACUGUCGACCAAUCAGAGCCUUCUACAAGGUCUGAUGACACAGACAGGAAACAGCUCCAAGACCAAUCAGGAAACAGCUGAGUACAUAGAGAAGAGGCUGAGUGAGAAUGUGUCUGCAGAGAGGAGCAUCAACCUGCUCCACUGUCUGAAUGAACUGAAUGAUCGUUCUCUGGUGGAGGAGGUCCAACAGUACCUGAGGUCAGGACUUCUGUCUGAAGAAGAUCUGUCUCCUGCUGAGUGGUCAGCUCUGGCCUUCAUCUUACUGUCAUCAGAAGACGAUCUGGACCAGUUUGAGCUGAAGAAAUACUGUGCUUCAGAGGAGGCUCUCCUGAGGCUGAUGCCAGUGGUCAAGGCCUCCAACAAAGCUCUACUGACCCACUGUGACCUGUCAGAGAGAAGCUGUGAAGUUCUGUCCUCAGUCCUCAGCUCCCAGUCCUCUAGUCUGACAGUCCUGGAUCUCAGUCACAACGACUUGAAGGACUCAGGGCUGGAGAUGUUGUCUGUUGGUCUGAAGAGUCCUCACUGUAAACUGGAACGGCUCAGUCUGUCCCUCUGUGGACUGUCCCCUCACAGCUGUGGGCCUCUGGCCUCAGUCCUCAGCUCCUCCAGUCUCACACACCUGGACCUCACUCACAACGACCUCCAGGACUCAGGAGUGGAGCUGCUGUGUUCUGGACUGAAGAGCGCCCCCUGCAGACUGGAGACGCUCAGGCUGUCUGGAUGUCUGGUCUCACAGAGGGGCGGGGCUGCUCUGGCCUCAGCUCUGAGCUCCGCCCCCUCCCACCUGAGAGAGUUAGACCUGAGCUACAACCAUCCAGGACCCUCAGCCGAGCUCCUGACCGCUCUACAGGACCAGCGCCCCCUGCUGUGUGUCAGACUGGACCAUGCUGGAGCUGUGAGGUUAACCCCAGGACUCAGAAAGUAUUUCUGUGAUCUCACUCUGGAUCCAAACACAGCUCAGAUAAAUCUCAAACUGUCUGACAACAACAAGAAGGUGACACGUGUGACAGAGGAGCAGCCGUAUCCAGAUCAUCAGGACAGAUUUGAGACCUGGAAUCAGAUUCUGUGUUCCACUGGUCUGACUGGUCGCUGUUACUGGGAGGUCCAGUGGAGUGGAAAGGUUUAUAUAUCAGUGUCUUGCAGAGAAAUCAGAAGGAAAGGAGCCAGUUUUGACUGUGUGUUUGGAUGGAAUGAUCAGUCCUGGAGUCUGGAGUGUUCUGAAGAUGGUUUCUCUGUUUAUCAUAAUGACAAUGAAACCCCCCUCCCUCAGUCUUGGUCCUCCUCUUCUGGGACAGUCUCAGUGUUUGUGGACUGUCCUGCUGGCUCUCUGUCCUUCUACACAGUCUCCUCUGACCAACUGACCCACCUCCACACCUUCAACUCCACCUUCAACACCCCCGGCCCUCACACUCUGUUCCCUGGGUUUACUCUCUUGUUUUCUGACUCCUCAGUGUCUCUGUGUCGCACAGACUCAUCCUCCUCUGUGUAAAAUACAACAAAUCUGUACAAAAAUCACUGGAAAUGUUCAUUUAUUUACUUUUUUUAAAGUCCCAGUUUAAAAAUAAAGAGUAAAAAGUGACAGUAUUUGUUUCAUAUUUUCAGAUCUAAUAAAUCUCCAAAUGUGGUGAUUUUAAUAAAGAUUUGAGCUGAAUUUU